AUGUCGUGGGCAGGCUUCAAGAAGAAUGUCAACCGCGCGACGACGCAGGUCAUGAUGAAGACGGGCCAUGUGGAGCGAACAAACGAUCGUGAUUACGAGGUCGAAGAGAGACGAUUCAAGACCAUGGAGGCUGCUGCCUUGAGGCUACAGAAGGAGUCCAAGGGCUACCUCGACUCGCUACGAGCCAUGACUGCUUCCCAGAUGCGAAUUGCCGAGACGAUAGACGCCUUUUACGGAGACUCUGGUGCGAGAGACGGUGUGAGCAGGAGUUACAAGCAGGCCGUGGAGGAUCUUGACGCCGAGACGAUCAAGUCACUAGACGGACCAUACCAAACGACCGUCUUGCAACCCAUCUCCCGAUUCUGUGCUUACUUCCCAGACGUCAACGAAUGCAUCAAGAAGCGCGGCCACAAGCUGCUCGACUACGACUCGCUGCGCGCCAAGGUGAAGAAGCUCGCCGAGAAGCCGGACAAGGACGUGACCAAGCUGCCGCGCGCCGAGAAGGAAAUGGAAAUGGCCAAGGCGGCGUACGAGCAGCUCAACGAGCAGCUCUCGACCGAGCUGCCGCAGCUCAUCGACCUCCGCGUCCCCUACCUCGACCCGAGCUUCGAGGCCCUCGUCAAGAUCCAGCUGCGCUUCUGCGCCGAGGCCUACAGCCGCAUGGCCCAGGUGCAGCAGUACCUCGACGCCGACACGCGGGAGCAGUACGCGCAAGGCCACCUCGACGCAAGGGUCGAGCAGGUCCUGCAGGAGAUUCGCGAGCUGAGCAUCGGCGGGACGGUCUGA